UAAAGAUGGAGAGGCGCCGGGGCCUCGCAGGGGAGGGGGCUCGGCGUUGACGUGGGACGCGGCGGAGGCGCCGCUGCCGGUGGUGAUUUGCUAACCUCGCAGCAGACAGGAGUUGAGGGCGAUGAGAGCGGGUACUGCGAACUGCCGGGCGAUGCCGCCGCCGCCGCCGUGAUACCGAGAGCAACAGUUCCCAGCAACAGCCCUCCCAGACACAGCACACACCCCCCACAGGCACGCACACCCACCCCACAGCGCCCGACUCGGCAGCGUCCAUUUAGUUGGCCCCGGAAACCUACCCUGUCCCGCCACGCAGAGCCCAGAAGGAAAGAGAGCCUCAUGCCUGAGCCGCAGGGAGCACCAUGGAUCUGACGAAGAUGGGCAUGAUCCAGCUGCAGAACCCCAGCCACCCCACAGGGCUUCUGUGCAAGGCCAACCAGAUGCGACUGGCCGGGACCCUGUGUGAUGUGGUCAUCAUGGUGGACAGCCAGGAGUUUCAUGCCCACCGGACGGUGCUGGCCUGCACCAGCAAGAUGUUUGAGAUCCUCUUCCACCGCAAUAGCCAGCACUAUACUCUGGACUUCCUCUCGCCAAAGACCUUCCAGCAGAUUCUGGAAUAUGCAUACACGGCCACGCUGCAAGCCAAGGCGGAGGACCUGGAUGACCUGCUGUAUGCAGCCGAGAUCCUAGAGAUAGAGUAUCUGGAGGAGCAGUGCCUGAAGAUCCUGGAGACCAUCCAGGCCUCAGAUGACAACGACAACGAGGCUACCAUGGCGGAUGGCGGGGCUGAGGAAGAAGAGGACCGCAAGGCUCGGUAUCUCAAGAACAUCUUCAUCUCGAAGCAUUCCAGCGAGGAGAGUGGGUAUGCCAGUGUGGCUGGGCAGAGCCUCCCUGGGCCCAUGGUGGACCAGAGCCCUUCAGUCUCCACCUCCUUUGGUCUUUCGGCCUUGAGCCCCACCAAAGCUGCAGUGGACAGUUUGAUGACCAUAGGACAGUCUCUCCUGCAGGGAACUGUCCAGCCUCCUGCAGGACCUGAUGACCCGACUCUGGCUGGGGGUGGGCGGCACCCUGGGGUGGCCGAGGUGAAGACGGAGAUGAUGCAGGUGGAUGAGGUGCCCAGCCAGGACAGCCCUGGGGCAGCCGAGUCUAGCAUCUCAGGUGGGAUAGGGGACAAGACCGAGGAAAGGGUCAAAGAGGGGCCUGGGACCCCGACUCGGAGCAGUGUCAUUACUAGUGCCAGGGAGCUGCACUACGGGCGAGAGGAGAGUGCUGAACAGCUGCCGCCUUCAGCUGAGGCUGGCCAGGGCCCCCUUGGCCGACCAGAGCACCCUGGACCCCCAGCUGAGAAACAUCUGGGCAUCUACUCCGUGUUGCCCAACCACAAGGCUGAUGCAGUGUUGAGCAUGCCAUCCUCAGUGACCUCUGGGCUCCACGUGCAGCCUACCCUGGCUGUCUCCAUGGACUUCAGCACCUAUGGGGGGCUGCUGCCCCAGGGCUUCAUCCAGAGAGAGCUGUUCAGCAAGCUGGGCGAGCUGGCUGUAGGCAUGAAGUCGGAGAGCCGAGCCAUGGGCGAGCAGUGCAGCGUGUGUGGGGUCGAGCUUCCUGAUAACGAGGCUGUGGAGCAGCACAGGAAGCUGCACAGUGGGAUGAAGACAUACGGGUGUGAGCUCUGCGGAAAGCGCUUCCUGGAUAGUUUGCGACUGAGAAUGCACUUACUGGCUCAUUCAGCGGGUGCCAAAGCCUUUGUCUGUGACCAAUGCGGUGCCCAGUUUUCAAAGGAGGAUGCACUGGAGACACACAGGCAGACCCAUACCGGCACAGACAUGGCUGUCUUCUGUCUGCUGUGCGGGAAGCGUUUCCAGGCGCAGAGUGCGCUCCAGCAGCACAUGGAGGUCCACGCAGGCGUGCGCAGCUACAUCUGCAGUGAGUGCAACCGCACUUUCCCCAGCCACACGGCCCUCAAACGCCACCUGCGCUCGCACACAGGCGACCACCCGUAUGAGUGUGAGUACUGUGGCAGCUGCUUCCGGGACGAGAGCACACUCAAGAGCCACAAACGCAUCCACACGGGGGAGAAACCCUAUGAGUGCAAUGGCUGUGGCAAGAAGUUCAGCCUGAAGCACCAGCUGGAGACGCACUAUAGGGUGCACACAGGUGAGAAGCCCUUUGAAUGUAAGCUGUGCCACCAGCGCUCCCGGGACUACUCGGCCAUGAUCAAGCACCUGAGAACGCACAAUGGCGCCUCGCCCUACCAGUGCACCAUCUGCACGGAGUACUGCCCUAGCCUCUCCUCCAUGCAGAAGCACAUGAAGGGCCACAAGCCCGAGGAGAUCCCGCCCGACUGGAGGAUAGAGAAGACUUACCUCUACCUGUGCUACGUGUGAAAAGAGGCCCUGCGGCGGUGGAGGGGGAGCGAGAAGCAAGAAAAGAAGAAUUAGAGCGAGAUGAAGUUGAGGAAGGACUGUGCAGGAAAAAAAAGAAAAGAGGAA